GAGGGGUGUGGGGCGCGCGGGUCGGGGGCUGAGCUGCAUCGUCCCGGUGGUUUAGCCAGGGCUGAAGGGUGCGGAGCACGGGCAGGGCCUGCUGCUGCAGCGGGCUGGCACCCAGGGGCACUAAUAAGCUGCUUCUGUCACGUCGCAGGGCUCGGGAUGGACUUUCUGAUGCUCUUCUUGAUUUACUCCUGUUUUGUGCUCGCUACUGUUGCUCUGCUCUGCAUCUGCUGGGGGAGGAAGGAGAGUUUCCUCACAAGAAGCAUCAACGGUGCAAGCCAGGUGCUGUCAUUUGUAAUCCCCACACCGUUCCAGAGGGUGACGCAGAGGGUGCUUCACAGGCUCUUCCACACAAGAAGCUGUUUGUUUGUCGUCCUGCACAUAGCCUUGCAAGCUGCAGUGUAUGGGGAAUACACGUGGGAAGUGUUUGUUUACUGCUGGGAGCUGCAGUUCCACCUCCUCCUCCUGCUGCUGCCCUACCUGCUGCUGGCUGGGAACAUGGGCAGCUUCAUUCUCUGCUCCCGAGCUAAUCCUGGUAUAAUAACAAAAUCAAAUCAUGUAUCUUUGGUUAAGACUUACGCAUAUGAUGGUGUAUUAUUUCAGAAAGGCAUCGUGUGUCCUACAUGCAACAUGGAGAAGCCAGCCAGAUCAAAACACUGCAGUGUCUGCAGUGUGUGCGUACAUCGUUUUGAUCACCACUGUGUGUGGGUCAACAACUGCAUUGGUGCCUUCAACACAAAGUAUUUCUUCCUUUACCUCUUCACGCUGACUGCCAUGGCUGCCACUAUUGCAAUCGUCACAGCAGCUUUCCUCAUCCAAGUGGUGCUGCUGUCAGAUGCAAUGCAUGGGACUUACGUUGAUGACCAAGGACAGGAGCAUACUGUUGAGAUUUUCUUCCUCAUUCAGCACCUUUUCUUGACUUUUCCUAGGAUUGUCUUCAUGCUUGGUUUUGUUCUUCUUCUCACGCUCGUACUGGGCGCAUACUGCUGCUUCAACCUGUACUUGGCCUUAACCAACCAAACGUCCAGUGAAUGGCAUAAAUCCAGAAGAUACGGGUGUUCCCACCAUCCAACGCUGCAGCCUCACGACAGAAGAGUUGUCUACAAAAACAUUUAUUCUAAAGGAGUCUGGAUGAAUUUAAAGGAAAUCUUUAAGCCUCUCACAGUGUUGGAAAGAAAGAAGAAAACAUGAAGAUACCAUUCUUUAUACGUGCAGUUUUUAACUUUCUGUAAGACUUUAUUUCAGCAGUGUGCUUUGAUGCCCCAGACAAUUUUUGUAGAAAGAUUACUGUAUUUCAAUUAAAUAAUUGGAAACUAUGUUUUCAGUAAGCCAACCAGUCUUCAAAAAACUUGGGAGGAGUUCUGAGUUCACCUGUAACACUACUUACUCCUACCAGCUGUGACAGUCACCCGUCAGUCUUUUCAGACACAGUCGCAGCAUUGAAGCAAGCCGUUACUAGAGGUAGGUUCAGCUAAGGAAGGCGCACUUUUUUUUUAUGAUUACUGUUUGUGUGCUGCAUAAUACCACUUCACAGGAAUAUAGCGAUGUCACACAGGUGGAAGUGGUAAACAUCUGAAUGCAAGUAUUUGUCAACUAUUCACACUUCCACACACCCCCCACAGGAAAAUAGUAACUGUAUUCCGCUGGGAGUUAGCAUUUUCAGCAGUAUCCUGUUAACAACGCCUCAGCAGAGCACUACUUCAGAUUCCUCACUGGGUAAUAUUGCUGAGGUUAAGCUUCGGUCUCGUUUCCUUGUUAGAGGGACCAGUAGUGAAUUUGCUGGUAUGGAGGCAAGUUUGGUUCAGCUUCCUGAAGUGAAUCUUUGUGUAAGUACUGUUGGCUGUCAAAUUAUUACCCCAUUGCUGUUAACUACAUAGAACAGGCUGCAUGUAUUUUGCUGGAAAAAAACCCACGAUUACUGGCAGAAGCUGAACCUGCAGAAACAAUGUUUUACUGCAAAUCUGUACUAGUAUGGAGCACCUUAAUUUCAGAAAGGAAACUACCACAAGUACUCCUUCUCCUUACCUGCCGAGUCUUUUUCUUGAGACCUAUUUUCAGCUUGUUCAAAAUAAGGUGCCCUUUCACCCUUAGAGUGAGGAAGUGGACUUCUGGGCAAAAUUUCAGCAUCCUGAAAAGGGUAUCAGAAAUCUGAUCUUGAGCUCUGGACAUACAGGUCCUGGCAGAUUACAAACGUAAUCCUUCUGGCAUUUUUCAUCUUCAUUGCGUUGUUUUGGUAGAUCUGUUCACAACAAGAGGCUCAGCUACAUCUUGGCCAUUUCUUUGUAUUUUCGGCAUUUUGCAGCAGGGGAAGUUCAGAGUUGCUGAGGCUGUUUCUAGGGCUGCCCACCUGCAAUCACUGAGCACGCCGCUUCAAAAGCACAGCAGUGACAUGGUUUUCCACUUCUGCACAGGGAUGCUGAAAGGUUCUUCAUCAGUAUCCCUCAAGAAAACCCCCUGCCCUAACUGCAGAAGACAAAAGUAAACUUACAGCUUUGCAAGCGACCUUCUGAACUCCCUCUAACUUGGCUUGCUGGACAAAUCUCCAAAGCAGAGACACGCUGGCUGCUUUUAGAGGCUUGCAGUUGUUCUGGGAAAAAGGGUGUUUGACUCGCCCAGGGAUGAAGGUUUCUUAAGCGCAACAUUAAGUGGCCUCUUUCUCCUUCCAGAAAUUCUUCUGUUUUGAAUGAUAAUA